CAUUCGCAGCCGUUCGCUCGUGCCUUUUCUCCGUCGGUUGAGUUGGUAUCUGACGUCGCGAAGAAUCGAAUCGUCUGGGCUUCGCGUGGAUCUGCAUGAACGGUUUAUCCGGAGUGUUUUUCUCGGUUACGUGACAUAUGAUCUAAAUAUACAUUCUACCAUGGUGCAGAGUAGCAGCGGUGGCCGAAUUAUUUACAUUUUUAAUGGAUCAAACUGCUCAUAUUUAUUCCGUCGUGUCACGUUUAGUGAUAAUAGUGAAAUCUCUGUGAAACACUCAAUUUGUGGAUCGAUAAUAUCGAUGCAUGCGGAAUACGUUGAUGAAUAAUUUUUCACGCAAACAGCUGACAGUCAUUGAAAAACCAUUUCAAAGUGCUCAUCAGUUAUCAGGCCUAGAGAUAAGACUCGUCGUUAUUAUUUACACAAGUCCCGUACGAGAGUAAAUAAGGGUGGUAAACGACGCGUUCCUGGGAACCGCAACGGUCGUGCGACGUUCAACCCUUCUCGCCUUAGUCCGAUGGAGUACGCACAGAUCAAGGAAAUGCCAGUGGUCAACGAGCCCCAUUGUCAUCGUUGCUUCACACGUCAACGGGUGAGUCAACCGGAUGUUUUGAGGGGAAAGUACGGUGAGGACUGGAUGAGCUUGACCCCCGCUAGCCGUCGCUGGAACCGCUGAGGUUGACUUCCGUUCGCGGGCGUGAGUGCGAGUGCGUCUGUUUGAGCUGCAAGUAAACAAGGCUAGGCGUAUAUAUGUUUCCGAAAAAAACGGUUAUAACCGUUGCACGUUGAUCGUGAUAAAGUAAGAAAUCAUAAUUUUCGGAAGACGCACCCACCCGCUAUCGGCAUAUUCAAGGGAACAAUGAGUAAAGUAGUGGAAUGCAUCAAAUGUAUUUGCGGCUGCAACAAAUUGACUAGAGAGCGAAUCAAAGAAAUUCUUUAUAAGAAAAUACACGGUUUUCUAAGCGACGAAGCAGCAGUCGAAAUGUUUCAAAAAUUCAUUCCAAGUGAAUCACGAACGCACAAGCAUAUUGCUAUCGUCAACCAGGCGAAACAAUAUCAAGAUAUAGAGAUAGAUUUUGAGUCCGAUGAAUGGGAGGAAUUCGUUGAAGAUCUGGAGGAACAUCUAGAGGAUGAGCUUAAAGAGAAUCCCGACACCCAAGCUGCUCUUGAAAAAGUUAUAUUCGAGUACAGUAAAAAGAUAGAAACAUCAACUGACUACAAGAACUUUACUCGUAAUCUAAAAGAUAAAUAUAAGACGAGAUUUAAACAACAAGUCAGAGAAUUCGAUACCCAGCGUGAUAGCCCAUGUGGACAAAUUGUCCAAAGAGGAAGAGGAAGAUCCGCUGACGGAAACCACUUCAUCAUCUGCAAGUUGUCGUAGCGUGCAAUGACCCAAAGGGAA